GCUAGAUACGUAAAUAGCCUAGAUACUCAAGGCGGGCGCUCUUCAAUCGUAAUUUCUUAUUCCCAUUUGAGAUUUCUUAAGUUCUAUAAGAGAAAAAUGGCUUCAAGCAGCUGUGAGGAGGAGCGUUCGAGCGAAACAGCAUUGGAACCUAAGUCUGUAAGACGAAGCCCACGUUUAAAUCCUGUAUCUCAGGAGCUUAUGACCACGGAGAAGGAAGCAAUUCCAACUCCCAAUGAACCUUCAACUUCGAGAGGAAUUAUCAAGGCUUCAGGUGAGGAAACAACGACGCCGUUGCGUCGUAGUAAAAGGAUUGCCGCGAAACUGAAAACUGCAGUUCCAUCACAACAAAUGAAGCAGAAAAAGAGCAUUGUGAAAAGAAAACUAAAAAUAAAAAAAUCUGUGCAGAGAAAGAACUGGAAGAAGCGCAUUGUGGAAACAGUCACAGUUUCAGUGACUACUUAUGAAAUGACGGAAGCAACAGAUCUCUCAAUCAUGGAUCUCCUCAGUGACACCGAGUCAGAUUUUGACGAGUCAGAUUUCUUUUUACCUUAAACAUUUCAG